UUUCAUGUUGCUAGUCCUCAACAUGCAAUCAUUCCUUUAGUGCCCGUUCCAAGUUUUAACAGCACUGAAAAAGCUGAUUUACAUACAGUCCUUCCACUUACGACCGUGGUAGCAUCCUAGGGUCACGUGGUUACAAUUACCAGCCAGAUUCACUUUAUGACCGGGUGAUUCCUUUCUACUUUUUUUUAAUUUAUUAAAGGUUUAUGCCGCCCACCUCCCCCACGAGGUGACUCUUAAGCCCCUGUCUUGCUUAACGACGACGGCAAAAGACUUUGUAAAAAUGGGCUGGCUCCCUUAACAACCGUCUUGUUUAGCCACGGACAUUGCGGUCGUAAGUCAAGGACGACCUGCCACGCCGAGGGCAGUCCGGGCUGCCCCCAUGAGAAGGUGGACACUUGGAGAUCCUUGAGGAGGUGAGUCACUGUCUGCGAGAGCCGGCUUCCCUCGCUGAAAAUCACGCACCGAGCAGAGGGUUGGGCUAAAUGACCUCCAGGGCACCCUCCCGCCUGGAUGAUUUCAUGCAGUAGGAAAUGCUUAGCAGUCUUUUAGCUAGGCUGGCACCUGGUUUCUUCCAGCAUUCGUCGGUUGGCUUCGCCUAUGUGCCCUUCCUGGGCGCUGGGGAGCCCUCACUGGAGGUGGAAAGGUGGGGGUGAAGGAGGGAGGGCUGACCCCCCCCCAAACAGCCCCGGGACCAGGACAGCCGGGCCUCGCAGGCUCCCUCCCCCUCCCAGGCACAGCGGCAGCUGGAUGGACGGGUUGCCCGGUUUGUAGGAAGGAAUUCCUGGAGCUGAAAGAAGGCUAGACUUUGGGUCACCAGCCAGCAUGGCAGCCGCCCCCGCCGCCACCUACAAAAUCCGAGUGGCCACCGGCAACUACCUCUUCGGUGGCACCAUGGACACCAUCUCCAUCUCCUUGGUGGGCGCUCACGGGGAGACACCCAAGUUUCACCUGGAUAAAUUCGGCAAAGAUUUCUCUCCGGGAGAAGUAGAGGAAUUCGUGGUGGAAACCCAGAUGGAGCUGGGGGAUCUUCUGCUAGUCCGUCUCCAUAAGGAGCCCUACGGCUUCUUCCCACCCACCAACUGGAAUUGCAGCUUCAUCGAAGUGGAGACCCCCCAGGGGCGGACGCACCGUUUCCCUUGCUACCAAUGGAUCUUAGGGUACCCCACCUUUGAGCUCCGAGAAGGGACAGCUAAAAUUGCUCCCCUGGAUGCCGGCAAUCCACUGCUUUUAGAACAUCGCAGGUACGAGCUGCUAGCAAAACAGGAAACCUACAGGUAUAAAGAUUAUCAGCCCGGAUGGCCCAAAUGCCUCGACACUGAUUCGGUGGACCAAUUGCAUUUGAGCGAUCAAUAUUCCAGCAUCAAAUCCUGUUCCUUCCGCAUCCUUCUGAAAGCCGCAGAAAUCGAGUUGAAGCUAAAAGGGUUGCUGAACCUCAAGGGCUCCUGGAGAAAGUUAGCUGACAUCCGAAGGGCGUUUUGGUUUUAUCGGACCCCAACCUCAGAAUACGUCAGUAAACAUUGGGAUGAAGAUGCUUUUUUUGGCUACCAAUAUCUCAACGGGGCGAGCCCUGGGAUCAUCCAGCGAUGCUCAGAGAUUCCAGCCAAAUUCCCGGUGACACAAGAGAUGGUGGCCGAAUCGUUGGGACUGGAGACCACCCUGGAGGACGAGGUGAAGAAAGGCCGAGUCUUCCUCAUCGACUGCCAGAUCCUGGAGGGUCUCCCAGCCACCACAAUCAAUGGGUCCCCCCAGUACGUCUCGGCCCCCCUCUGCCUUCUCCACCUCAACCCCUGGAAGGAGAUGAUGCCCAUUGCCAUUCAGCUGACUCAGCAACCUGGGCCCAGGAGCCCCAUUUUCCUCCCCACGGAUCCAGAGUGGGUCUGGGCGCUGGCCAAGUUCUGGGUCCGCAACAGCACGUUUUACCUCCAUGAGAUCCUGGCCCACCUGCUUCACACACACCUCUUGGUGGAGGCCUUCCUGUUGGCCACCCUCCGGCAGCUUCCCAAGUGCCACCCAGUGCACAAGUUGUUAAUCCCCCACUUCCGUUACACGCUGCAUAUCAACAUCCUUGGCCGGACGCACCUCCUGGCCCCCGAUGGGAUGCUGGACAAGAUGUUAGGCACAGGUUUCCAGGGUCUAUCCCAGCUGGUGGCCAGGGGCCUUUCGAAGCUGACCUACUCCAUGCUCUGCCUCCCUGAUGACCUCCGGGAGAGAGGCGUGGAUUCGUUGCCCAACUACUACUACAAGGAGGAUGGGUUGAAGCUCUGGAAUGCUAUAGAGAGCUUUGUGUCUGGAAUGGUCGGUCUCUAUUACCCGAGCGACGGAGUUGUGGAGAAGGACAUGGAGCUGCAGGCCUGGGUGGCUGAAAUCUUUGAAAAGUGUUUCCAUCACCGGCAAUCCUCUGGUUUUCCUGCACAUCUAGGAACUAUUGCUGAGUUAACCAAGUAUCUGACCAUGAUGGUCUUCACCUGUUCAGUCCGCCAUGCCAGUGUCAACAAUACCCAGUUUGAUUUUGGAGCCUGGAUGCCCAACUACCCUUCCACCAUGAGAAGACCUCCCCCAGAGUCCAAGGGAAGUGUGACAUUUGCCGACAUCAUGGAGACCUUGCCAGAUGUUAGCACCAGCUGCCAGACAUUGCUCAUCUUAUGGCUCCUGAGCAGAGAACGAGGAGACAAGAGAUCCCUGGGCUACUACCCUGAGGAACAUUUCACUGAGGAAAAUCCAAAGAAGGUCAUCGCCAUGUUCCAAAAAAGUCUGGCCAACAUCUCCCGGGAAAUCGAGGAGAGGAACCGUCGCCUUUCGCUGCCGUAUAAUUAUCUCAACCCUUCUGAGGUAGCGAACAGCAUCUCCAUCUAAGGACCGGUCACUGAUUCUUGUUGUUCCUCAGCCCACCGAGGACCUUCCAUGGAAAGACACCGGUCGAGAGUUGGGACACUUCGUCUAGAUUGAGGCGACCUUGGCCAACCUUGAGAAGUUUGGUUGUGGAACACAGUAGACUUGUGUUGAAGACGUGAAGACAAGUAAGCUUAGAUUGUGUGGUCGUGCCAACACAUCUGGACAUUUUUGACCCCUGCUUUGGGGCACUUCCAGGAGAGAGAGCGACUCAGUCCUAGCUCUGCCACCUUCUAGAUCAGUGGUUCUCAACCUUUCUAAUGCCGCAACCCCAUAAUACAGUUCCCCAUGUUGUGGUGACCCCCAACCACUUAUACAACAUUGGGUGCCAGGGGCGUGGCCAAAGAAAAGGGGGAAAAAAUGGCGGACAGCCUUGUUUGGCAACCCCUGUGAAAUGGUCGUUCGACCCCAAAUGCGGUCCCGACCCACAGGUUGAGAACCACUGUUCUAGGUCCUCACCAGAAACUCUACUCCACUUUUCCGCCCUGUUCCUCGUUUUAGGAACGACUUCGGGUCACAGCAUCAUCCAUCAUCCCCGUGCUUUUCGAACACCACAGUCUACUACAAUCUGUGGAAGUGGCUUUUGUCGCAGAAUUUGGUUGUUUUGUGGUGCGCUGUGUGAAAAUCAAUAACUUUUGGACAGCCUGGAAUCUCCUCACAUGUAGCUCCGUUUCUGCUUCAGAGGCACUGUUUAUAGAAGCAGUCAACUUACGAUUCAUUUAGUGACCGUCCGAACUUGCAACGGCACUGAAAAAAGUGACUUACGACGGUUUUUCACACUUCACAGCCUUUGCCGCACAGCUGUCACAGCACCCCCGCGGUCACGUGAUCAAAAUUCGGACAUUCGGCAACUGAUUCCUAUUUAUGACGGUCGCAGCGUCCCAGGGGUGUCACAUGAUUCCCCCUUUUGUGACCUUUCUGACAAACAAAGUCAAUGGGGAAAUCAGAUAGCCAUGUGAGUAACUUAAGAGUUGCAAGGAUUCACGUAACAACCGGGCAAGAAAAGUCGUAAAAUGGAGCCAAACUCACUUCAUCGCUGUCUUGCUUAGCAACAGAAAUUUUGGAUUCCCUUGUGGUUGUAACAUGAGAACUCCCUGUUAUCUUCUCUUUUUUUCUAUUUUAGGAAAAAAGGAAAUAUUAAACGGCCUCUUAUCGGCAAGGGAUCAAAGGUGUUAAGUAAUGUUAAAGUAGUCAAAUGCUUUUGACACCUUCCUAAAUUAGUUAUUGGCACUGACUACUUUGGGAUCCAAAGAACCAAUUA